GCAACUUGCUUUCCUAUUUAAUAGGAGAUUCGGCCCUCGUGGCUAGCCUUCGGGGGGCUUUUCUGGGGAACUAGUCACUUAGAAGCUAUAGAAACGUUUUCUAUAGUUGUAUUUUAUUACUAUAUUACUUGACUUAUACUUAUAUUAGGCGUGAAAGAAUAUCUAUGAAUUCUAUCUAUUAAUAUAACAUAUUUGAACACCUCGAAAGAUCUAUGAAGGUCGGCAACAGAUAUAUGCUAUUAGCACAAACUAGCCUGGCCAUGGCGGAAUCCACGGUAUAUACCGUCGGGAGUAUAGCGAGCUCUAUAAAUGCCAUUCAGCCCCUCGAUGGUUUUAUAAGCUAUUCAAUCGAGUUCUCAUCAUUUCCCGAUUUUGCCGGCAACAAAUCCAACCCCAACGACUUCUCAAACAACUUACUAGACAAUCUCGGUGCAUUUUCCGGAAUAAAGCCGUAUAUACGGGUUGGCGGAAAUACGCAAGACUUUGCCAUAUAUAACUCGGAGCUAACUAUUGCACUCAACGGCACUUACAACCUCUCGAGGUCUGCCGACUACCCGACUACCAUCGAGAUUGGGCCAUCGUACUUUGAAUCGUACAGCACAUGGCCCAAUGUUAAAUUUUCACAUGGCUUCAAUUUGGGCGGGAACCAUGAUGACAGGCAGUGGGACACGCUCCUGCAGACUGUGCCGCUGGCUUGUAAAGCCCUGGGCAAGGAUAAACUAUACUUGUGGGAGUACGGAAACGAGCCUGACCUCUUCUCCUCGGCGGUCAGGGCAUCUGAUUAUAACGAGUCGAACUAUGUAGCAGAGUGGCUGGAUGGAACGAGAGCUAUUAGGAGUGUGCUGGAGACGAGUUGUCCAGACCUCCUUGACAAUGCUACAUAUGGAUAUUUAGCUCCGUCGUUUGCCGGUACUACGAACCACCUAAACGCGCCUCGGACAUGGGCCGACGGCAUCGACGCGGACGGCGACAUUAAGCUCUUCUCUUCUCACAACUACAUAUCCGGCGCCGAGACACUAGGCGUCACGCUCCAGAACACACUGAUGAACCAUACAAAGACAACCCUCAGCGUCAGCGCCCACACCGCCGAAAACGCAACCAUCCAACCGGGAAUCCCGUAUAUCCUCGGCGAGACCAACUCGCUAUACCACCAGGGACGUCCCGGACUAUCGAAUUCCUUCGGCGCCGCACUUUGGGCCGUCGAUUUCGCGCUUCACUGCGCCGCGGUGGGAAUAGGUCGUGUACAUUUCCAUAUGGGCACCGACUACCGCUACGCCUCCUGGCAACCCAUCGCCACCACCAAAACCGCCAUCGGCACCAAGCCCCCGUACUACGGAAACAUCGCCGCCGCCGCAUUCCUCGGCUCCGCCGGAACCCUCAUCGCCCCCGUCCCCCUACUAUCCAGCAACACCAACACCAACACCGACACCGAUACCGACGUCGCGUACGCAGCAUACGAGCCCAGCGGCGCGCUAGCCCGGAUCCUAGUGCUGAACCUACGCGCGUACAAUUACACGCUCAACGGCACCGGGGGCGAGGACCUGAACCCGGUUCCGCGGCCGCGGCGGACGUAUCGGUUCACGGGCUUAGACGCGGAGGCAGGGGCAGGGGCAGGGUUGGGGGAGGCCGUGGUAAGGCGGUUGUAUGCGAAUGGCAGCGAUGCGGUCACGGGGGCUACGUGGGAUGGCUGGAGUUAUAAUUACGAGUUGGAUCGCGGGAGGCCGGUUAGGCUGGAGAAUGUGACUGUUGGGGAGAAGAUAGGGGUUGUGGAUGGGGCUGUUGAGGUGCGGGUUGCGGAUUCGGAGGCUGUGGUUUUGGAUUUUCGGGGUGGGGGUGGGGGCGAUUGAGCUGAAUUAGAUGAGGACUUGAUGAUAUUUUGGUGGUGGUGGGCGUAUAUAUUUACUAUCCGUGGACUGAAGAUGAUGAUACAUCGGUUGGUAAAUACCUUAGGUAUGAGUGGUGUAACGAAUCAUUCGUGAUGGCUCUCCUUCCCCUGGCUAACACGUGCAUUUACAUCAUACUAUCGUACCUAUGUACGAUGCAAUAAAUAGAGGAUAAAUACACAAUGUAGG